AUGGGAAAGCGCAAAGUCGGUGCGCUCGAGAAGGUCGAGGCCGAUUUGGCCAACCUACAGUACAAAGUUCGCCGCGAUCCAAGCUCCUAUGAAGAUGAUUUCCGCCGCCAGUACAACCAAUACGAGGUCUUUCGCGAUGUUUUCAUGCAAGAUCCAACCUCGCGCGACGAGAAUGGGCUGGUGUCUUUGCGCGACCACGUCGACUUCGUCUCGCACUGCGCCGAUUGCUACCCCAAACUGACCGCUGCCCUUCCGGAUGACCUGAUCAACCUCCUCACUACACAUCACGCUGUUCUGGAGGCCGAGCUGCGCGACAAGCUUGUUGGGAGUCUGGUGCUCCUCCGGAACAGAGAUGUGAUUGACUCUCCACGCCUACUCAACACUCUCUUUCCCAUCCUCGUCUCCACUCCCAGUAAGACCUUCCGCAGUCUGCUCUUCUCCAAGAUCCUCUCCGACCUUCGCUCGUCCAACGCGAAAACCACAAACCAUCGUCUGAACAGGACUAUGCAGACGGUCCUUUUCAACCUUCUCACAUCCGACCGCACCUCUCCGAAGGGCUUGUGGGCCGUGAAGAUCACGCGCGAGCUGUGGAAAAGGCAAAUUUGGACAGACGCCAAGACUGUCGAGAUCAUGAAGGAGGCUGCUUUGUCGGAAAACGAGAAAGUCAUCAUCGGCGGCGUUCGCUUCUUCCUGGGAGGCGACAAGGAGCGCGAGGAGGCGGCAGAGGAUGAGAGCAGUGACGAGGAGAUUGACAUGGGGAAGCUGAAGCAUCAGGCCGGAAUCAACAAGAAGACGAAGAAGAAGGAAAAGGAACUCAAAAAGGCCGCCGCCAUGAAAGAGCGCAAGAAGAAGUCUCCUCACCCGCUCAACUUUUCGGCUCUGCACCUUUUACACGACCCGCAAGGUUUCGCCGAGGCACUGUUCAACAGACAUCUUCAGAAUUCAAAGUCGAAGCUGAACCUUGAGCAAAAGCUUCAUGUUCUUAACCUUGUCUCUCGUCUUGUGGGGCUGCAUCAGUUGUUCGUCAUCAGCCUCUACUCCUAUUUCCUGAAAUUUCUCACCCCAAAGCAACCUUCGGUCACGUCAUUCCUCGCUGCCCUUGCUCAAGCCACUCAUUCAUUAGUCCCGCCCGAUGUCCUGGAGCCUCUUGUCACCAAGAUUGCGAAUGAAUUUGUCUCCGAGGCGGCAGCAGCUGAGGUUGCCUCGGCCGGCCUCAACGCCAUUCGCGAAAUUUGCGUGCGCCAACCUCUCGCAAUGAACGACACUCUACUGCAAGAUUUGGUCAUGUAUCGCAAGAGCAAGGACAAGGGCGUUAUGAUGGCAGCCAAGGGUCUUCUUAGCUUGUACAGAGAAGUCGGUGCGGAAAUGCUGAAGAAGCGAGACCGUGGCAAGGAAGCUGCCAUGGGCUUGCGGACUGGUGACCGUAAGGAGAGGCGCUACGGUGAAGUUGACGUUGGGGGAGGCUUCGAAGGGCUUGAGCUUCUUGAAAAGUGGAGGGAAGAGGAGCGACGAAAGAAGCGGGUGGAGCAGGGGCUGGAUCCAGAUGGUCCUGACGAUGGGAAUGGGGCUGAGGAGGAAGACUGGGACAACUGGGACGUCGAGUCAGAUUCGGACAGCGACGACUCGGGUGGCUGGAUCAACGUCGAGCAGGAUGGCGAGGACAUCGAAAUCAGCGACAGCGAGGACGAGAAGCCACCCGCAAAGAAGGCAAAGAAGGAAACGGGUGGCGACGAGAGUGCGGAGAAGACGGAGAAGGACCCAGAGGCCGAGGCGAAGGCUGCAAAGGAGAAGGAGGAGGCGGCCUGGAAGCUCGCUACAACGCGCAUCUUGACGCCGGCUGACCUGCAGAAGCUCCAGGAGCUGCGGUUACAAGCUCAAGUCAACUCUCAUCUCCCGGCACAUCGUCGCGCCAAUGCAGCAGCGAAGAGCUCCGACGAUCCGCUGACGGCAGAGGAAAUCGAAGGCCUCGCCAUGCUGUCGCAUCGCAAGACGAAGGAGGAGAAAGUUGCGAGGGCUAGAGAGGACAAGCCGGACAGGCACCAGUCGACUACGGCCAAGCGCAAGGAAAAGAAGGUUGCAGAGGGCAAGAGCACGACGAACAAGGAAAAGGCACGGCAGAAGAACUUCAUGAUGACGCUUGGCAAGGCCAAGUCGAAGAACAAGCGCAGCCUGACAGACGUGCGGAAAAGUCUCAAGGGACAUCUCGACCGGCAAAAGCGCGGCGGCAAGCGGGGCAACUAUUCAUCAUGA